CCCAGCUGAUCACGUGACAAUGUUUACCAAGAUGGCAGACCGUUAGUUGAAUGCCUGAGGCUCAUCAGUAACAGAUAGAAUGACUAUUGUAACGAAGUGGUAGCUCCAUAAGUUAGUUUUAAUGGCUUUUGAAAAACAGCUGUUUCGGCCGCGGUUUUGUAGUAGAGGAAUUUCUGGGAUGGUGCGAUUUAUGAGGUGCUAGCAAAGCCGCAGGCGGGCCUUGCGAUGGCCACCCCGGCCGAUUAUCAGUGGGCAUAUUCCAUAAUGGAUUCGUCGAGAGUUUCGACGUUCCUUAUAUCAAUCCUGCUCAUCGUCUACGGAAGCUUCAGAUCCUUGAACAUGGAACAAGAAGCCCGUGAACGUGAGAAAGAGAAGGAACGAGCCCAGCAAGGUCUCGCAGGGCUGCCCACUGGCACGGCCACCCCAGCAACAGCGGCAGUUGCUGAAAACAAUGUACAAACUUUGGAUACCAUGCAGGCCCUUUGCCUCCCACUAGGAGCUUCAGUUUCACUCCUAGUCAUGUUCUUCUUCUUUGAUUCUAUGCAGAUGUUGUUUGCUAUAUGCACAGCAAUAAUUGCAACAGUUGCUUUGGCUUUUUUGCUGCUACCAAUGUGUCAGUACAUCAUAAGACCGUGUUCUGAUGGAAACAAAAUCUCAUUUGGGGUAUGUGGUCGUUUCACUGGAGCAGAGCUGUUGUCAUUCUCUCUAGCAGUCUUCAUUGUGUGCAUAUGGGUUCUAACUGGCCAUUGGCUGCUAAUGGAUGCAAUGGGUAUGGGACUGUGCGUCGCGUUUAUUGCAUUUGUGCGUCUGCCCAGUCUGAAAGUGUCGACACUUUUGCUGACUGGACUGCUUAUUUAUGAUGUCUUCUGGGUUUUCUUCUCGUCAUAUAUCUUCAACACAAAUGUCAUGGUCAAGGUUGCUACACGGCCAGCAGAAAACCCAGUUGGCCUCGUUGCGCGAAAGCUUCACCUGGGAGGAAUGGGAGGAGUGCGUGAAGCGCCAAAGCUCUCUCUGCCGGGGAAACUAGUGUUCCCAUCACUCCACCAUGCUGGCCACUUCUCUAUGCUGGGCCUAGGAGAUGUGGUCAUGCCGGGUCUUCUGCUCUGCUUUGUGUUGAGAUACGACGCGUAUAAAAAAUCCCAGCUGCUUCAUCUAGCUGACACGGGAGUACCACCCCCAAGGCAGUUCAGUAAACUGAGCUACUUCCAUUGCUCUCUGAUUGGUUACUUCCUUGGUUUGCUGACAGCAACAGUGUCAUCGGAGGUGUUUAAAGCUGCGCAGCCUGCCCUUCUGUAUCUUGUGCCGUUUACGCUGUUACCUCUGCUCACAAUGGCCUAUCUUAAGGGUGAUUUACGGAGAAUGUGGAGUGAACCGUUCAUCAUACACCCACCAUCAAAACACUUAGAAGUUUGACAUGCCACAGUGCAUCUUUGAAUCUUACUGUUAUGGUGGGUAGGCUCAGUGUUGUUAUGGAAGUGUCAGAAGAUUGGGAUCAACUCUCAAUGGUUAAGUGUCAAGCUGUUAUUGCUGCAUCUGUCACUGUCUGUGUUAGAAUGUGAGAUUCCUCAAAUUGUGUGUUCACUACAUCAGUGUUGGACGGAGUUUGUUACUCCAUUUAAGACUUACCACUAAAGUAUUCAUUGUUUGCAUCUCGCUGUUGGAAGUGAAAUGAAACACAAGCAUAUUGGUGAUUAUCAUCAAAGACUACACCAUUCGACAACUGUGCUGUGUGUCAUAACAAAUGACCUUGUUUAUUUAUUCUACGUGUUUCAUACAAAUAUGAAAUACUGUUCACCCGGCAACAUGUUACCGGUAUGUGUGUGCGUGUGGGGUACUCCUAGUCACACAAAGAGGCUUAACCGAGUUUCUUCUCUAACCUUUACUUUUUAUUGCUGCAGGAUGUCCUCCAGCUACUUAACAAUAUUUGUGACUGUAUUUUGCUGCUUGGAUGAGAUUCAUGGUGGUUUCUCAUUGUUAGAUCAGUAUUAUAAUAGUGCAAGAUAAGCAGAUGUGGAAAGAGCAUUGUUUUUGUUUACCUGUUUUUUUUAUUUCUUGAAAGAUUUGUUGGUACUGCUAUUGUCACAUGUACAAGCAAUAAUAAAAAGGCCAUUAAAAGUUUUGUAAUAAUUGCUUCAAGUUUGCUUUGUUUGUGUCUUACAAAAUAUUGAAAGUUGAUAAUAUUGAGAGAGAUUUAGAACUACAUUUCAAAAAAGUCACUCACUGUAACUUGUCAUUUUGUUUUGUUUUCAGAGCGGUGUUUCUUGACAGGUAUACUGUAGACAGCAAAAAUGUAACACAUUAUUAAUUAAAAUUGUUCAAGAACCAAAUCUAUUUACAGUUUAGAACAGAUGUAUUUGAUUUCGCAUUCAAUGUUUGGAGCACUUAAAUUUUGAAGUUAACUGGGUAUUGAAAACAUUUUUUUACUUAUCCAGUUAACUAUGAGAGGAGAAGUUAUUACAAUAUUACGUCAUAUUACUUCAGUUUUUCAGCUUCUAUAUUUUGUAGUUUGUGUGCAACUUAAAAUUCUGUUCACCAGGCUGUGAGUGUUAUUACCACUGUUUCUUUAGAAUGUAACCAACUGUCCAUGAUAAUUUUCUUGUUUCUUGUAUGUUUUAUGAAAUGAAGAUGACAGCUAAAUAGGGAAUCCAGACCAGUCUGAAGAUGAACCACACAGAAGUAUGAUCAUGGUAGUUACAGCAAUAUUUACUCUGCCGCCCCCCCCCCCCCCCCCCCAAGAUAUAUACAUGAAAGAUGACCUUACUCUGACUCUGGUUUCCCUGAAUUGUUUAUUUUAUAUUGAAAAGCAAAGUUACUUCAAAUAAGUUACCUUGUUGGUAACUUCAUAUUGAAGUCUACAUUUAAGUGAAACAAUGCCUCAAAGUUGUUAUGAAUAAGGCUGAUGGGUUCUGUGCUCAAUAAUUUGGUCAGUUUUGCCAGCCUGGCAUUCAAUAACAAUAGAACUUGGAGCUUAAACUGUAAGAUAAUGUUUGUUUUUAGAUUAUUUCUUAUGGGUCACAUGGACUUCAGACACUUAACCAUAAAUUAAGACACUAUAUUGUGUGAUUUGGCAGCUUCUGUAUGGUUCAUCUGAACAGUGGAUAACUUGGUCGAAAUCUUUUUGACACCUGAUUCUUAAAUUUUAUUCUGAUUUCAGUUUCAUGUGAAAAUGUACUAAUAAAUGCACCCAUAAGUAUUUCACUGACAGAUUUAGUUAUAUGGCUGCAGACUCAUGUUUUAAUUGAUCUUCUGUUGCCCCAUAAUGUUAUGUGAAGAAUCUUGUGUAACUUGAGCAUUUGAACUUUGUUUCUGAUUUUUGUGUGUCAGAUGUGUGUUGCUGGAGGCUUUUGACUGACAUAUUUGUUAUCUAUUUUAUGACAAAACUUCCUUUGAUAACAACGGUAAUGAACUCUAUAUCUUGCAGAUGACACCAUCUCUAUUAUUGUUACCAUAUUGGUAGUACCAAAAAACUGUCAAUGCUUCAGAAUUUUUGGGAAGAGAAUGUUAUGUAAAUUUUCCAUUGCUUUUUUUUCUCCCCAAUUAAAUGAUUAUUGUAGUUUAUAAUGAUUGAAGAGACUGGUUGAGUGGUUAUAAAUUUGUGCCUCAUAUUGAUAGGUUGUGAAAAUUGUGCUGAAUUAUUACAUUUAAUUUUUUGUGUUUUGGGAAUUAUGCUGUACACAAAUUUAUUUGCAGAAAAGAGAAAGAGAUUAAAAAUAUUGAACAGCUCCAAUUUCCUAACUAUUCACAUUGCUGUAUAUUAUUUUUGCUGUGUAUUUCUGUUCAAAGACCAAACAAAAAUUUAGGCAGUAAAGUUGUGUUGAUGUUUGUGAGAAACAUAAAA